AUUUUUUGAGAUUUUUUUAUUAAUAAAUUUAAUAUAACUAAUAAACUAUUGGUUGUUUCCAGAAAUAGCAAAAAUACGAGAUAAGCAACCCUGUUAGUCGUAUCCUUGCAGUCCGCAUUUUUAACAGCAACAAUGUAGUAUUACAUAUUUGGGGAAAUUCAAUGUCACACACAAUACAAGCAGAAGUAAAAAAAUAGUUGAACAAUAAUUUAUUAUUACUCUUUGAAACAGUGUAAAGGUGUUAAUAAAACAUUUACGUUUGGGGAUUUUAAAAAUUUCGAAGGAUGUAAAAGAUAAAACAUAGACCUUUGGUGUGGUGCUGUAAGACUAAUUAGGCUCUAAUCUACAUUACAUUUAAAAAUUAUGAAUAACUAUCCGUAGUUAUUAGUUAUUUAAUUAAUUAAUAAAAUUGGUUUAAUAACUUAAAUUCGUAAUUUGACAUCAAAUAUAUAAAAGCUAUUGAAAAACUCAAAGUCAAAUACAACAAAAAAUAUCUCGUAUACAAAAAUUUGAUAACAUAUACCCAAAAGAAAUUAAAACAGCUGACUUAAAGAUGGAAUUAUACCCAGCCCACAUAGUAGUAAUUGAAAAUGCGAUUAUUGCAACCCUGUCAAUUUCUUUGCACAAUCCGGCUUAUUUGCGAAUUUGUGUUACCAAGAAAAUUGAAUCAUAUAAAAUGAAUUAAAACAUUUAGAAGGUGGACGAAAGCAUAAAUAUUUGUUUACUAUUAUUUUUAUGCUUUGCAGAACUGUGGAGUAUGAAUAAGCAUUAUUGGGCAGAUGUAAAAAUAAAAAAAAUAGGAAUACAUACAUUUUACAUUUAAAGCAGAAAGUCGUGCUCUUAAUAAUUUCAAAAACAGUAAAGAAUUUUUGACAAUUUAAACGCCAAUAUGUCUAGCACCUCUUCUACCGACGACAGUGGAGAUUUGUUCGAUCCCCUUGCCGAAGAGCUCCAAAAUGUUCAAUCUGUAAUACAUGUUACACGUGAAAAUAUAGAUGCCCUUAAUGCAAAGUUUGCCAAUUUACAAGAGCCACCUCCAAUGUAUAUAACAGAAUAUCAAGAACUUACUUCAAAGCUACAUGAUCUUUUCGUAAAAGAACAUGAACUUAUGGAGCAACUGAGUAGCCAGCAAGAGGAAGCAAAUAAAGUUGAUCAACAAAAAAUCCAGCUUGAAUAUACCAAUCACCAACCCCAAUAUCAGAAUCAGCAACAAUCAUCGCAUCAACAUGCGCAUUUAGCAUCAAUUGAUAUGACGGAUUCUAAUGCAGCAAACAGUAAUAGUGGAAGUCGAUGUAGUACUUUAACACGGCCACCAAAAGUUCUGUUGCGGGCUCAUUUACCUAAUCAACAGCGAACAUCAGUAGAAGUUGUACCAGGUGUCCGAUUACGUGAUGCGCUUAUGAAGGCACUUAAAUUACGACAACUAAAACCAGAUAUGUGUGAAGUUUCUGCAACAGAUAGUGGUCGUAGUAUUAUUCCAUGGGACACUGAUAUUGGUUCACUUAUGGUGGAAGAAAUUUAUGUACGCUUAUUGGAUAAAUUUCCAAUAAUGACUCAUAUAUCCCACCAGUUCAUAAGAAAGACAUUCUUUUCCUUGGCUUUUUGUGAGGGCUGUCGUCGUUUGCUUUUUAGUGGUUUUUACUGCAGCCAGUGUAAUUUUCGGUUCCAUCAAAGAUGUUCCGAUAAGGUACCUACACUUUGUCAACAAUUUCCUAUGGAUAUUUCCUACUAUCAACGACUUUUGGCACAAAACCCCGAAAAUUUUGUUGGAAUAUUACACCCUGGAAGGAAUGCGAUAUUAAAUCAAGGAAGGCACCCUCGCACAAUUAGCCAACAAGAUCGCUCAAACUCGGCUCCGAAUGUGUGUAUCAAUCGACCAUUAACAGAGGCGCAACGGUGUUUAGUGCAGAAUCAUGUUCCUCUACAGCAUCAUGGUAACGAUCACCCUAACUCAACACAGGCUUCACCCACCGGCACAUUAAAAACUAUAAAGCGACAAAGAGCUCGAUCUGCAGACGAAAGCAAUAAAAAUCUUUUGUCACCUCGGGACGGAAAAGGUUCUGAAGAAAAUUGGAAUAUUCAAGCUGAGGAAAUCUUGAUUGGACCGAGGAUUGGUUCUGGAUCUUUUGGUACAGUGUAUAAAGCUCAUUGGCAUGGUCCAGUGGCAGUGAAAACAUUGAAUGUGAAAACUCCAAGUCCUGUUCAGUUGCAGGCAUUUAAAAAUGAAGUGGCUAUGUUAAAAAAGACCCGACAUUGCAAUAUUCUUUUGUUUAUGGGCUGUGUCUCUAAACCGUCGUUAGCUAUUGUAACGCAAUGGUGUGAAGGUUCUAGUCUAUACAAACAUAUACACGUAAAUGAAACCAAGUUUAAACUCAACACGUUAAUCGAUAUUGGUAGACAAGUGGCGCAGGGAAUGGAUUAUCUUCAUGCAAAAAAUAUCAUUCAUAGGGAUUUAAAAUCUAACAAUAUAUUUUUACAUGAGGAUUUGUCUGUUAAGAUAGGUGAUUUCGGUUUGGCCACUGCAAAGACACGCUGGUCUGGAGAAAAGCAAGCCAAUCAACCUACUGGCAGUAUUUUAUGGAUGGCUCCGGAAGUGAUACGCAUGCAAGAACAAAAUCCAUAUUCCUUCCAAUCGGAUGUUUAUGCCUUUGGUAUUGUUAUAUACGAGCUAUUAGCUGAAUGUUUACCCUAUAGUCAUAUCAACAACAAAGAUCAAAUAUUGUUCAUGGUUGGACGGGGAUUGCUUCGACCUGAUAUGACUAAAGUGCGUGCAGACGCCCCACAAGCUCUCAAACGUUUGGCCGAGGAUUGCAUUAAAUAUGAUCGAAACGAUCGCCCACUAUUUCGACCUCUACUAAACAUGUUGGAAACUAUGUUAAGGGCAAUGCCGAAAAUUCAUCGUAGUGCUAGUGAACCAAAUAUGACGCAAACACAGUUACAUAGUGAAGAUUUCUAUCAGUGCCCCAGUCCUAAAACUCCAGUUAACUUCAGCAAUUUCCAGUUUUAUAACAGUGCGGGUAAUAUCUAGCGAUGCUGAUCCGAUAUUACUAUUGUGAUAACGAAAAUGAGGAACAGACGAUAUCCAUUUUGAACGCUAAAAACAAGUGUAGGUACCUUUUACUAUGUAACAAAGAGCAAGGAAAUUUUAAAUUACGUACACUUAAAAACUUUCGGGCCAUUAUUAUUGCCGGCAAAAUAUACUUAAAAUAAUAUUUAAUUUUCUCUAAGUCUGAGUCAAUAUACAAACCCAGUUAUUGCAUUAGUAAACAAAACAAAAAAAAAACAUUCUUCAAACCGUUUUCAGGAAUUUUGCUGAGCAAACAGUUCUUGGCUAAAAGUACGUUCCGGUUUAUAGAUCCGAGUGUUUUGAAAGCAUUUGUCAAUUUCUUCAAAGAAUUUAAUAACACAUGAACCACUCGCCACCAAUGGUGACUUGGUGGUAACUUCGGGAUUUUCGGCUUAGCCUGAUAUUUCAUAGACGCUAAUGAAUAGAAUUAAAUACAUUUUUGUGAAACACUACCUUAUUUAAAGUUUUAAGUAGAAUAAUUAGAUGGCAAGAGUAUGUAAUUGCGUUGAGAUUGUAACUACAAAAUAAGUAAAUUAAUAAAAUAUUAUGUAAAUGAUUUUAAAAUAUUAAGA